AUGUACACCAUAGGUGUUAUUGCCUGCAUCGCGCUGGCAACACUGGCAUGCUGCUCUGCAGUAACAGCGAGCGCAGCGAGCGCCGCUCGAUGCUUCGAGGAUGGCAUCCCGCCUCAACGCUUUGCGAACGUGGUCGCCGAUGGUGACGUUUUCCCCCUGGGCAUGGCUGUGGGCGACUGGCCAGUUGCCCGUCUGUUGAGUGCGGUGUCGGAGAUUAUCAUUGAAGAGCUGCUCGGAGUCAACGUGAGUUCGACGAUAUCGGGAGGAAACUCUGUGGAUGGAUUCUAUGCAAUUGCAGGGUGCACAAGGCCGAGUCAGGUUUCGGACCGAGGAUGCGGGUCGAAGACCACGAGAAUGCACAUUUACCUCGAAGCCUGGGUCAGCCUUUACCGAGGCGAGUAUGAUCAGAUUCAACAGGAUUUCCCGGAAACUGCUCCAAAGAGUUUGGGCAGCAGUGGCUACACAGGGACGCAGUCAAUGUACCUGCCGAAGCGGAUCUUGGACUUUGCAAUCAAUUCAGAAGGUGUACCCUUGGAGUUCUAUCGAACUUACAACUCCUCAUGGUACGAGCCAUCAGAGUAUUUUGACAAGCUCAGCGCAGUGAACCUGUCGUGGCUGAGACCAUGUCGCGAGACCCGCUUUGUGCAGAGCAACAACAUGCAGACCUAUGUGCAGGUCACCCAGGAUACCGAGGGAGUUGAGAAUAUUGGUGGUUCCCUGAUGGCAAAAUGCCAGGACGGCUUCUUUUGGCGAGCCCCAGCAUGCCGGGACAAUGUCACACGCUGCGUCCCGGUGUUGACAGGUGGAACAGGAUGGGAAGUCGAAGCCGUCAUGCAGAAAGCCACGCUCUUCAACAUGCCUUUGGCCCUGGGCGUGGCGACGCCCGAACGUUAUUAUAGAAUUCCAACCGAGGUGAAGAGCCUCUUCGUGUGGUGGGCGCCAGACGACACCUUUGUGGACCUGAACCCCGUUGAGCUUCGCUUUCCUCGCUACGACAGGGCAGCUUGGCUCAACGGCGAUCUUCGCACCGCUCCAGAGCAGGUUGUCAUCGAGAAGCUCGUGAGCCAGAACAUCGGAGAACUUGCGCCAGCUGUCGAAGAUCUUGUGCAGAAGAUGAGGUGGAGUCAGGAUGAUGUCGACAUUAUGCUGAGGGACAUGAAAGCAAGCGAAGAUCCAGCUCACACAGUCGCUUGCCGAUGGUUGCUGGCGAAUUCUGAGACGUGGUCUACUUGGCUUGCAGGAGAGACUGCCUGCUUCGAAGGUUUUGGCUUAUUCGACGGGAGCAGCUUUGUAGCCGAUCGAGAUGGUGCCACUGAGCUCGCAUGCAGGCCGUGUGAGAGCGGGAGCUACUCAGAAGAACUUCGGGAUACAAAGGGCAAGACGCACAUAUGCCAGAAGUGUCCUGUUGGUAGCUGCCAACCAUCAGGAGCUGCUGCAGGGUGCGACCUGUGCAACGAAGGGGAGUAUCAAGAUGAGGAAGGCGCGCUGGACUGCAAGCGCUGCCCACUUGGACGCUUCCAAGAUGAGAAGGGCAAGUCUGGUUGCAAACUCUGCAGCAACGGCACGACUACGCUGGGACUGGGUUCUUUGUCAGAGCAGGACUGUGGCUGUCUCCCUGAGACAAUCAGAGAGGUGUACAACGUUUCCUGCCAGCCUUGCCCAGAAGGUUUGAGCUGUCCAGUUCUGUCAACUCUGUCGAGUUUGUUGAAUGGCUCCGCCAUUGCCCAUGAGCUCUCUCCGCGAAUUCGUGCAGGCUACUUCAGCACUGCGGAGGAACCUCUUGAGCUCUUCAAGUGCAUCCCAUCAACGCACUGCCCCGGGGGGCCUCCAAACACAUGCCUGGGAGGUCUGUCAGCUUUGCCCUGCGCUGCGUGUGGGGAGAGAGAGUACUUCGACGGACAG